CGAGCGGGGGAAGUGACGGCGCUGGUCACGUGAGGGUUCGGUGGCUGCUGCUGAGGGAGGAGCACCCUCUUACCAACUGACAUUCUCCCUGUGGUGGUGUCCACAGCUCACAGCUCUUCUUUGCCCGUCUCUGCCAAGUGCAUUAUGGUGACUUACCGCAUUCGUGAGUACCGUCCCGAGGACUAUGAGACGGUGCGCGACUUGUUUGCCACGGGAAUGAGCGAAUAUGUGCCUACCUUGUGCAUGCACAUGCUGAAGCAGCCCUGGCUGAUCCUGGUCCUGGCUUGCACCUUCUGCCUGCUGCUCACCAGCUCCAAAUCGCUCCUCCUGCCCAUCCUCGCUGUCACUCUGCUGCUGGCCAUGGGCCGCCAACUGCUGGGCUACAUUUGGUCUAUGUACAUUGACCACUGCUUGCAGGAGGACCUGCUGGACAUUCAGGCCACUUACCUGGGUGGCAAAGGCUCCUGUUUCUGGGUGUCCGAAGUGGAUGAGAGCGUGGUGGCGAUUGUGGGUGCCAGGCCCGCAGAGGAACACCAGGAAGAGCUCAUGUUGAAGCGCAUGUCAGUUCGAAAGGACUGUCGAGGCCUUGGCAUUGCCAAAGCCCUCUGCAGGACAGUGAUCUCCUUUGCCCAGGAGCAUGGCUACCAGUCAGUGGUGCUGAACACACUCAUGGUGCAGCAUGAGGCCCGGGCCAUGUACGAGGGCGUUGGUUUCCGCAUGUAUCGCCGCUACGUCUUACCCACCGUCUACGGCAGGUUGGCCAACUGCACCGUGUCCAAGUAUCGAUAUGAUAUUCCCUCUGUGGACUGAUGAGGGGAAUGGUGAGGCGGUCCGUGAUGACCGCCUGGAUCUGGCAAUUGAUCACAUCUGUCCUUCGGGAAUGUGAUGCAGCAGGUUAUAUGGAAUGAAGAGGAUGGGAAAUGGUUAGCUUUGGUGCUGGCCAAAGGAGCGCGUCUCCAUUUCUGUACUCUGAGCAUUAACUUUCCAGUUGUCAGAGGGCAUUCACAGGCCCCAAGAAAUUCUAGUAAUGAAGGAAACCAGAAGACUCUUCAGAAGGUCCCUUUCUUUUCUCCUCUAAUGUGUUUGCAAGGUAGUGGGAACCCUGAUUUGGAAGCGGGUGCGGCUUACGAAAUUAUGGUUUCAUUGGUACAGAAAGAAGGAUUCUCCACUCGUCAUGAACGGUCUCCUUUGGCCUUGCGUUGGCAGCUCCAAACUCUCCUACAAGCCACUUUUGCCUUGUUUCUCGAGAGAGCCGUUCUGAUCAGCGUGGCAGAUGACUGGCACAGAAGCCAAAGUGCCAGGACAGAUGGUUGCUAUUGUCACCAAGGGUCUUUUUUCUUUCUUUUUUUGCCUACUAGGACGGGCUUAGUAUAUCCAGAGGCCUUUUCAUCACAUCACCUUGAUGCGGACAUUUCCACUUGUUUUCUCCGGGCACGCAACCCAUUUGCAUUAUGUAUUAUGUUGAGCGCACAGGUCUUUGAGGAGGGAAAUAUUCAGGGAAAUUAAAUCUACUUCGGGCAUUGCCAGUUCCAGGUUUGGGAGGGCCCUUGGGCAGGACACCCUCUGUGAGUCUCUCUUCUCAUGACCAUUCCAGCUACUAUUGCUCCUAAUCCUCUUUCUCAUCGUUGCUUCCAUUUACUCGCUUGACAGGCGGUAGCCUGUGGGCCAGAGUUUGAGGCAGGUGAACAAGCAGGUUGCCAUGGAGAAGGGGAGGACCGAGUUCUGGGGUCUUUUGUCAGUGGCCCGCCUUGCUUGGUGGGGGCCUUCCCCAGAUGCCCGACCAUACCUUCCCUCGACAAUAGCCCUGACUUUAAGAAAACAAGCAGUACAUUGGGCCCAAAUCUCCAGGAAGUUCUUUUAAUAUUUUCUGUUAUGUUUGGGGGAAGGGUUCUGCUGCUGCUACUUCAUAAAAGAUGUUCCUUGUGGGUUAUGCCCUUCCGUCAUUUCUCUUCAAAGGUUUGUGACUACUCUCACUUUGGGCACGUUGCUCUUAGUGUAUGAAUUGGUACUGCAAAAAGUGGAGAAAUAAAGGAGUUACUAAUUCUCUUCCAAA